UGAGGGAAGUGGUGGUGGUUGCCUUGGAAGAGUGGGUAGUGUGGCUCAGUCCAGGCUCUAGCUCGCAUGUUGCAGGCGGGCAACUACAGGGAUGAUAGCUACUCAUUGAGCAAUUAUGACUGUUAUAGAUCUUAUCUCGAACAAUGAGACGGUGAAUGCUCUGAACAGAGACGUACACGGAGCAUCCCACGACGUGAAGAUGCCGUCUUAGUCGCCAGGAUAAAGCACCGACCAGCCGCAUCUGGGGGACUGGGGUACUAACUAACGAUCCGCAGUGGGGACGAAGAGGGAAACUAGGCUCAAUAGCGAUUCAGGAACGGCCGCGACCCCAGACCUCCUCAGCCUUGCUCUCGCCAUGGCUGUGUCAGUCGAAAAAACGACGCCAAAGUCCACACACGUCUCCGACCCCGCGCUUGCCCCAUUUCUGGAGUCGCGCUUCGAUGCCGCCGAAUACCUCAAUGCCACGCUCCCCUCGCUAUCGCUAGCGUCCAGGCAGAAAUCAAGUAACGCCGCCUCGUUAGCCGACCUCUCCUCCCAGACCCAAGAUCUCCUCUCGCAGCUCAAUGCACACACGACGCGAUUAUCGGCGAUAUUGACACAGUUGACUGAUGACAUACUGCGAAGUGGCGGGCGCUUGGCGUACGAGGUCGAGGUGCUGCGGGGAGAGGCCAUUGGGCUUACAGAGACCUUGACAGAUGGGUUAAAGAGCGAUGUUCAGAAGUUCCUACCAGGCGGCAUAUCGAUAAAGACGGAGUCAGCCGAUGACGAUGCAAAGAGCCCUGCUGCGACACAGGCAGAUGCCUCGGAUGUGCAACCGUCACAGCCAGCGCUGGAGGAGCCUGAUGAGACCACUCCAGAAUACAUCUCUGACCUCCGCACCCUCACUACAGUCCGCUCGCGCCUCGAGACCGUCAUCAAAGUCUUUGGAGAAGCCAUGCACUGGUCCUUACCACCAUCUGAGGUAUCCUUAGGAGCCUCCCUUAUCAGCGUCUCCGCUCCCGAGCCUGGCACAGACAGCGCCUCACGCGAACAAAAAGGCAAGGAAUUCGCUGCCUCCCUGCGCACCGAGAUCGCCGACCUCAUCACCGGCGACCCAGACGGCGGCAUGGAAAAGGCAGAGGUGCGUAUACAAGCUUUGAGAGAUCUAGCGCAGGUCUGGAAAGGCACAGCAGAGGAGAAGGCGAGGACCAAGUUCGUGGAAGGGCUGGUCAAGUUGGCAGAAGAUAGGCAAAGAGAGAUCGAUAGGGAGAAGGAGAGGAACAAGGAUCGUGGUCAGCAGAAACACGCUCGUAGUGGUAGUGUGCCGAAGCCGCAGCAGCAGCCUCAACAGCAAAGAGGCGGGUUUUUAGAGAACCUGCAGAGAAGAUUUGUGGAAUGAAGAACAUGCACUCGUCUAUCGCAUAUCAUUUCCUGAAUCUCAUCGUCACGUGAAAACGCGUCAAGUCGCGAUGGAAAGCAUAUUCUCUCAAAUUGAGUGUAAGCUGCCAUUGACUACGCGUGCGUAUUCAUGCUGCAAAGACAUACCAGCAGUACCAUACCCAAAGUACCGUCAACAUCUCUACUCAAUCGUCCUUCUGCAUCCUCUCCUCUGUUCUUUGAAUCACCCUUUCAGCAAUCUUGUCAGUUAUGG